CAGCUCUAACAGUGCGGUUACACUAAUCGACGUUAAAUCGGGAGUCGCAGUGCAAUCGCAUGCAAUUUGUUUUGUUAUUAAUUUUCAAAAUAAUCUCGGGCUUGGUGCUGCUGCCAAUUGUGAUCCACUACAUCUAUUACAUAAUAAAUGCGAUUGCCGGCGAUUUGUGCGAGCAAAAGAGAGCGCAAAGAGAGCAGCAGCUGCAAAAGAGCCCCACUCCGCGCCAGCAACACCACCCCCCGCCGUCGCCCACCGAAGAAGAGCUUGGGGUUUUCAUAAACAAUUUGACAAAUUCUUGUCGUUCUUCACCAACAACAAUGCAAACAAACGAUGACGCCAAGUUUAUUAAAAAGAGGUGGAAAGGCGGAUCCAUCGAACCGCAUCCCACGGAUAAGGCGUUGAUUGUCAACUACCAACUGGAGGCCACCGUCUUCGGGGAGCCCAACAAUCCGAUGAUCGAGGAAAAGAAGCACUGUCAAAAAAUCAUAAGACUCCGCUCGCUAAACGCCAAAACGGAUCCAGCUGCUUUGGCCCGCGAAGUAGUGGAAAAAUGCGAUCUCAUCCACAAGUCCCAGCUGAAUGACGUUGAGCAGAUAAUCUUCUAUCUGAAGAAUCGCAAGGACAAUGCCAGCAAUGAUAUUCCGGACAACAACACUCACAGCCGGCGGUCGGCGGCACUUCACACCUCGCACACCCGCUCUUCCGCUCGAUCGCACAGCAGUGUGGCGGCUUUGACAGGCAGUACCGGGAGCGGUGCAGGAUCCACAGGAACCAGCAAUGGUGUGUCGAAUGCCCUGAGUGCCGCCACGCCUACGGCCGAUGUGUCCAUCAAUAAUAUCGAUGAGUACGUGGAGCUGCUGUACGAGGAGCUGGGCGAACGUAUCCGUGGCUCGGCCAUGAUCCUCCAAAUGGCAAGGAAUCCAGAUAAUCUCGAAGAGUUGGAAAAGAAUGAAGCCUGCCUCAGCGCCUUGUCGCGUGUGCUGCGCGAAGAUUGGCGCAAAUCCCUGGAUCUCUCCACCAACAUAAUCUACAUCUUCUUCUGCUUCUCCACAUAUACCAAGUUUCAUCCACUCAUUGUCCAAUAUAAGAUUGGAUCGCUUUGUAUGGAUGUGAUCGACUACGAGUUGCGUCGCUAUGAGUCUAUGCGGAAUGAGCUGGACGUGCGCAAGCAACCUAACGGAUCCUCUACUCCGCACUCGGCGAAGGCCAGCAAGGAGAAGCUGAACCGCAGCACCGACGACUUCCUAGACAUAAUGAAUGAGGAGAAGCCUAAAGAGAUGGAGCCGCCGCGACGACGCAUUCCGGAGCUAAAGCAACGGCCAAAGUCCGGCAAUUGGAGCAGUUUUCAUGGCUCUAUGUCGUCGUCGCUAAUCAAAAGUCAGAUCCUGAACAGCAGCUACCACGAGGCUCUCUGCGCUGGCAGCUCACCUGCCGGUGAUCCUCCGGCUGUGCCCUCUGAACUCAAGGCGCAAAGUAACGAGUCACUGGACAGAAACGAUCCUAAGGUUAAAAAGGAAGAGAUCGAUCGGCUAAACAAGCAGCUGAAGAUAUUUGCCAAGAAGCAGGAGCAACUGUUGCGCGUGGCAUUUUAUCUACUACUGAACAUGGCCGAGAAUGUAAAGCUGGAGGAGAAAAUGCGUCGCAAGCACAUUGUGAAGAUGCUGGUCAAGGCGUUGGAUCGGCAGAACAUCGAUCUCCUAAUGCUCGUUAGUACGUUCCUUAAGAAGCUAUCGAUUGUAGGCGACAACAAGGAUGAGAUGGGCGCGCUAAAUAUUGUGGCAAAGUUGCCACGAUUGUUUCAGAGCACGCACACGGAUCUGGUGCAGGUCACCUUGAAGCUGGUCUUCAAUCUCUCCUUCGACGGCGGGUUGCGCCGCAAGAUGAUCGCCGCAGGAUAUCUGCCCAUGUUGGUGAUGUUCAUUAACGACGAAAAACACCAUGGCAUUGCCGUGAAAAUCCUGUACCACAUGAGCUUGGAUGACAAAGUAAAGGGCAUGUUCACGCAAACAGAAUGUGUGCAAAUGGCCACGGAUGCUAUAAUCCUCAACCUUAAUGUUAAAGUCGAUUUGGAUCUCAUUGCCUUGUGCAUUAAUCUCUCGUUGAAUCGCCGGAAUGCCCAGAUCAUGGUGGAGGGCCAAAGAUUGCAUAGCCUAAUGGAUCGUGCGUUUAAGUACCAGGAUGCCUUGCUGAUGAAGCUGCUGAGGAAUCUCUCGCAGCACGAAUCCCUGCAGCUGCAGUUCAUCGACUACGUAGGGGAUCUAGCGCGCAUUUUGACCAUCUGCGAUGACGAGGCUUUUAUAGUGGAGUGCCUGGGAAUUUUAGGAAACCUAGCCCUAACCGAUUUGGAUUACUCGCAGAUCUUGCAAAACUUCCAGCUGAUUCCAUGGAUUAGGCAGCUACUGGUGCCCUGUUCCAGAAUGGAUGAUCUUGUGCUGGACACCAUCGUUUACUUGGGCACAUGUGCGUGCGACGAGUUGUGUGCCCUGUUGUUUUGCCGCGCCAAAGUGGUUAUAUCGCUGAUCGAGCUGCUAAAGGCCAAACAGGAGGAUGACGAGAUUGUGCUGCAGAUCAUAUUUGUGUUCCAGCAGAUCCUCCGGCACGAGAGCACCAGGGAAUACAUGAUUAAGGAGACGGAAUCGCCUGCCUAUCUAAUCGAUCUGAUGCAUGACAAGAAUGAGGAGAUCCGCAAGGUUUGCGACUAUUGCUUAGAUAUUAUCGCCAUCAGUGACAGCGAGUGGGCCAAGCGCAUCAAGCUGGAGAAAUUCCGCAAUCACAACUCACAGUGGCUGUGCAUGGUGGAGUCGCAGCAGGAUCAGGACAAUGAGCAGGACUACGCCGACCAGGAGGACGAGUGUGAAAACGACCUAGACACGUAUCUGCGCUCCGAGUACUUGGACAAUUGCGAUCUCUACAACGACAACGCCGACAAUGACAGCAACAGUAACAGCAACCAUAGCAACAACAAUCCGGCCAGCCCGGCCAUGUCCACCUACAGCAGGCCACUUAGCACCUACCGUCGCAGCCAGGAUCUCGAUGAUCUGUACAACAUGACCUCCAGCUCGAAGUCGCAGGGCUCCAGCGACAAUAACUUUAUGUUCAAGUCGAACAAAUCUCUGGAUGCCGAUGGCCUUCACGAGGAGCUGCUGAUGGCUUAGAGCUGGACAAAGAUGUUUGCAGAAAUGACGCCGAACCGAUCAAAUUUUAAUUAAGAUGUUUCUGCUGAUGUCCCCUGUGUACAUGUUUAGUCACUACAUAUUAAUGACCUUCUGCUACGAUUUAUAGGAUAUAUAUAUACGAUACUUUCACGCUUGUUAGUCAAAGACGUUAAAUGAUUUUAGCGACGCGGCAACUUUGUACUCAAGACAUUCAAAUCGAGCAACGGCGCACAUUUACAAGUUUAAUUUUAGUUUGGUUACAUAUUACUUAUUACCUAUUAAUUGUUUUUUGUUAUUUAUUAAUCUUUAAUUUAUUGAGGCCUAGUAUCGCGAUUUUUCGCUUAGCUUUCCCUUGGUUGCUCGCUAAGCAAUUACUGUGCAAUAAUCUCUCACUCAAAGUAUUACGUCGAACGUUUUUAGUUGUAAUUGUUAUAGUUUGCCAAUCCUUAAUUUUUGGUUCUUUAUCGAAUACCUUAAAAAUCGAAACGACGGGCGAAAAAUGAACAGAAAGAAACCCCGAAAGAAUAUAUACAAAGCUAAUGUAAAUGUU